AUGUCGAGUCGAAAAUAUGUAUCAGACUCUUCUUCGGAUGUGGAGGUGAUCGAAGACUCUGAACCAGAGCGACAGGAGCGCUUGGCCCAGUUGAGACUCACGAAAAAACAGUCGCAGAAAGAGGUUGCAACGGAAGUGUUUAGCCAAAGUCAAACUUGGAUAUCGCGGGUUGAUGCGUUAACUCAAAAAUCUGUACCUUCGACAUCCGGUAGAACAACAAGCACCGCGAGCAUCGGAGCUCCGCCACGGAACGAAGCGCAAUCACCCAUUCGCCGAGCCGAGGUUUCGAGUGCGCGCGCCGGUAAACCCGCGCCGCCCCCUUGGCUAGCCUCUACCACAAAUUCAGCCCUGGGGGACCUGUCACCAAAUCGUCCUUAUAGCAAAACGGUCUCUCUCAAGUCAUCGAGCCAACCUUCCCCAGCCAAACAGAUUGAUCUCAACAGCUUUGCCUACCAAAAGCGUACCAUUGAACGUUCUGCGAGCUACUCGAACUCCUCGCGCCCUAAAAGCGGCUCUAAAAACAAAGACCAAGUUGUUUCUUUGGUUGCAUCUUCUUCCGACGUAUCCAAGGCCUCCAAGCAUGCCCCUGCCAAGAAACGAGGUCGUCGAGCCGAGCCCGAGAGUCCAGUCCUACAGCCUGUUGAAGACACCCGUAAGAUUAUUCUGGAACGUGGCGCUGCAUUACUAGGCGUGGCACCUGUUCUUGAUGCUGAGAGUCAACAGGAUGUGAUACCUGGAAUAUCAACCGAAAGCCAGCUUUCAAAAGAAAAACAAGAAGAAGAAGAAGAAGCAAGGUAUACCAUCUACCCAAACGUUUGCUCCAAGCAAGAUUGGAGAGCGCCCAAGGUUAUUUGGUGA